UUUACGGCACUACUUCUCUUGAUCAUGAAAGGUCACGCCUCCCUUCUAGUCCGCAUCCUGACUCACAACAUACGCUACGCGACUGACUCUCCAUUCAAAGGAGAAAAGCCUUGGUCCGAAAGGAAAGAUUUCAUUGUCAACGAGCUGAAAUUCCACACCCUGCACAACCCAGAGGCUUUUAUUUGCCUGCAAGAAGUACUACACGAGCAGCUGCUCGACAUCCUCACUAGCUUGAACAGCACCAAAUCCCCAACAGCAUCAUCGUCAGAACGAGGUGAAUGGGCAUAUAUUGGCGUAGGCCGAGACGACGGUCAACAGAAGGGCGAAUAUAGCCCUAUCAUCUACCGCCCCUCGGUGUGGCAAAUCGAGAAGUGGAAGACAAUCUGGCUCUCGCCCACCCCCGACAGGCCAGGAAAAGGAUGGGAUGCUGGCAGCGUCCGGAUCGUCACCGUCGGCACGUUUCUGCACAGGGGCAGUAAGAAGAAGGUUGUAGGGCUGUGCACGCAUUUCGACAAUGCGGGGGAAGUGUCGAGGCGCGAGAGCGCGAAGAUGGUGGAGCGGAUUGUGACCGAUGCUGUCUCUCUGUUGACUUCUGAUGGAAAAGAGAGAGUUCCGGUGUGGUUGGCAGGGGACCUGAAUAGUGAGCCUAAUGGUGAGGCAUAUCAGAUCCUUACCCGUAAGGAUUCGCUAUUGCGGGAUUCGAGGGGACUGGCGCCGUGGAGGUACGGCAACGAACUGACCUGCUCUGGGUUUCAGGAGGACGAGUUGAACUACACGCUCGCGAACCCCGAUACCUUGACCAAGUACAAGGUCGCGGCCGACAUCUCCCAGAAGGUUCUCAAGGAAGUUUCCGGAUGGAUCUCCGAGGGCGCCAGCAUUGUCGAGCUCUGCGAGCGCGGCGACAAGCUUCUCGAUGAGGAGAUUGGCAAGGUCUACAGGGGAAAGAAGAUCCUCAAGGGCAUUGGCCACUGCACCACCAUCUCGCCCAGCUCUUACGUCACACCGUACACUCCCCUCAAGUCCGAUGGUGAGGAGUCUGCCGUUACACUGAAGGCCGGCGAGGUUGUCAAGAUUCAGCUCGGUGCUCAGAUCGAUGGCCUGGCCGCCAUCGUCUGCGACAAUGUUGUUGUUGGUGGCGAGAUCACUGGCGAAACGGCGGACUUGUUGUUGGGUACAUACUACGCAAACGAGCUUCUCCUGAGGCUGAUGGUCCCCCCCGGUCUCGUUGCGCACGGCGAUGAGGAGGAGCAGAAGAAGAAUGCUGCCCGCAAGCCCUACACACAGGGCCAGAUGACCCAGAUGCUCGAGAAGGUCGCCAAGGCUUACGGCCUGAACGUUGUCGAGAGCACCACCAUCUGGCAGUUCGAGCACAACGAGAUUGAGUCCAAGAAAAAGAUCAUUCUUUCCCCCGGCGAGGGUGUCCGUGGUGAGGGCCUCCCUGAUGUUGGCGAGGUCUGGGGAGUCGAGGUUGGUCUUUCGCUCGGAAGCGGAAAAGUCAAGAGCAACGGUAACAGGACCACCCUUCACCGCCGCACAGCCAACACUUUCGGUCUCAAGCGCCCUACCUCAAGACAGCUCCUGUCCGAGGUCGUCAAGAGGUUCGGCACUUUCCCCUUCUCUCUGCGCCAGAUCGAGGACGAGAAGGUCGCCAAGGUCGGCGUUGUAGAGUGCGUCCGUGGCGGUGUUCUCCGCCAGUACGAGGUCGUUGUCGACAAGGACAGCAAGCCCGUCGCAAGGUUGUUCUCCACCAUCGCUGUCACCAAGAACGGUAUCCAGCGUCUGGCCCAGCCCCCUGCUCUUGACCUCGAGAAGGUCAAAUCUGACAAGAAGAUCGAGGAUGAGGAGAUUCUAAAGAUCCUUGAGCAGCCCGUUGGCAAGGCCUCUGUCAAGAAGAACAAGAAGAAGAAGAAGCCCGCCAAGAAGGCUGCCGCCGGCGAGGCUGCCGAGGAGGAGGGCGAUGACGAAGCUCGCACUGAACUUAGUUCUAUUGAUAUUCCUCGACUGCCAAAGAGACACUGCUGUGGUGUUGGUGCAUUCAGCUGCACACUCAAUGUGCACUCUGCCAGUCUCGCCAUGCCGUCGCUGCGCAAAAGCGGCCGUCCUCCCAGGCCCAGGUCCACCACCAUCACCCCGCACAACUCGCCCACCAACACGCCCAGCGCCGUAAAGGAGAAGACCCAGCGAUCGAUCAUGGAUUGGGCAGAACCCUCGGUCCAGAACCCAGCGCCGUCAUUCGAAGAGCACGGGUUUGCUCGUCACGGCGUGCUGGAGCAAAUGGCGCCCCUGGGGCAGCCUCCCUCCGCAAAGGUGAAGCAGCGCACGCGCAUCAUGGGCGGUGACGCAGCUGCGCGAAAGUCGCUGGCGGGUAAAGGCAGUUUUCCGGGAGACGACGUUGGGUCCACGCCUGAGGUCACUCCGGCUCCUGAGCUUGAGCCAGACGAUUCAGAGAAGCAAGAGGAGGAGGACCUGCCCCUGGAGCUUCCACCACAGGACGAGGACGAGGACGAUGACUACAUCCCUGGCAAAUCCAAGAAGAAGACGCCAGCAUCCAAGACAGCCGUCAGGGGCAAACAACCCGCGCAAGGAAAGACGUUUGGUGAGGCGAACUCGCCGGUCAAAGCGGGCACACCCCGAGUCGCGUCCGCCCCGGCAAGCCCCGCAGUGCAAGCUGUAGAGCAACCGCGAGACACCGAAAUCUCACAGCGUGCGCAGAUCGCCCUACUGGCUGCGGCAGAGUCAGCCAAUGCAAACCAUAAUCCUCGGCUUAGUGAGGUUCUGAAGCAGCUGAGGGCAAUGAGCAAGAGCGACCCGGCUAUGGCGUUCGUAAUCGACGCCAUCUGUAAACAGAAGCAGACCCCCGAGCAGUGGGCCCAAUUUCGGGACAGCAUCAAGACACUGAAGAAAUCAGGGAAGAAGCAGCGAAAGCACCAGCAGCGGAACGGUGACCUCGCCACAGCGAAAUCCGACACCCCAAAGUUCAGCCAACAGCCCUCUCCUAGGCCCAGUAGCGAGCUAGCCCCUGACGACUCGGUGUCUGCCUAUGGAGACGAAGCUAUGAUGGAAGAUGCAUAUCCAGGUGCAGACUCAACCGCCGGGGCACUGCCUUCGCCCCAUCCACUCAGCACAGCUCCAACUCUUCCAGCGAUCGAGCCUUCGAUCGAAACAGUGCCACGACAGCCUUCAAAGUCGCCCCGCAAGAAGCACACCGCGAACGACUAUCUGGCUCCUUCCAGUGAGAUGGAUGUGGAUGGUGGCGCUUCUUCAGCUGUCCCAACGCCGGCAGAACAUACGCCUGAUGCAGGUGAUGGGAGUGAUUCCGAGCUCUCCGAUGUCAACGAAGAGAUUGUGCAGAAGGGACCGCCAACACCCGCACAGCCGAAAGGGAAAGUCUCGACUCCAAUGCCUGCAGCUUCAAAGAAGAGCAAGUCUGCAGGCCUUAGCCGUGGCGGGAAGAAGCAUGCAAACAAGGGUAAAUUAUUCGGGAAGCAUGCAUACAAGAAUCAACCGGCAAGCAACGAGUUGCCCGAAGAUCUCGAGCAGAUUUAUCAAAUGCGGAAAGAGAUGGCAGAUGCUCAGCCCGUGCGCCAAUUCGAGCUUCCGUUUCCGCAGUCCGAUGUUCGCUUCGACGACGAGAUCUUGGAGACUGAGUCUCUAACCGAAUCUAUGAUUGCAGUUGGACCGCCAGUAGACUCUGAUCAGCCGCGACGUGCUGGACGACUGCCUCAAGGCGCCAAACGCUUGCGCGAAGACAUGUCACGUUUUUCCUCACCCCAGCUCGAGUCAGCGGCUAUCUCACGACCCACAACGCCAGCAAUUCAGCCAGCCAUCAAACGCAUCAAGCUGAACAACGGCCAGGCUGCCAGAACAAAACGCUCGCCUGUUAAGAAUCGGGAUGGUGGGCCUAUUGCUGGUGUAGCAUUCAAUGGGGGUGGCGUUUCGAGACAGUCGGGGCCUGAUGACAACGAUCCAAAUUCGCCAGCAUCAGAGAGCGAUGAUCUCUGCUCUGCCUGCAGAGGUGCAGGCGAGUUCGUGUGCUGUGAAGGCUGCCCGCGCGUCUUUCACCUUCUUUGCUGCGAUCCACCGCGUGUGCAAGUACCAGAAGGGUCGUUCUACUGCUAUGAUUGCACUGUCAGGUUGAGCCCGCCCGAAGAGCCUGCUGCCGAAACUUUCGCAGGCCUUGGACCGCUAUUCACCCUUCUGGAGAGGACAAACCCACGCGCUUUUGCCCUGCCACAUGACGUCCAGAUUCAUUUCGAAGACGUGUCUGCACGGGGUGAUGGAUCGUACUUCGAGGAAAUCAAGAAGUUCCCACUGGCGAAAAGCAGCGGCUACGGCUAUCAGAGGCCUGACUACAUUAAAGUCCUUGAUGGCGACAAGCCCAUUUUGUGCGUUCAAUGUGGCGUGUCGAGUGGCGGCAAGCGUCAGAUGCUGAAGUGCGACUUUUGUAACGCAUAUUGGCAUUUGGACUGUGUCGAUCCACCCCUCGCUAACCCCCCACACAUCAGCCUAGAGGCAUCUCAACGCGAUGCUUGGAGGUGUCCGCGACACAUCGAGCAUGACCUUCGCAGUGGAUUAUUGCUACAGAAUGAUCUCAACCAGGCGUACGACGAUGUCGACAUGGAUGAUGACACCUUUGCCCGAGUCCCACGUAAGCUCCGGAGGCGCAAGAAUCCCAACUUUGUUGAACCGACCUUCUCUCGUGGCAUGCGCAACAACGGCCUGAUCGAAAUCAUCAACGACCCUGAUGACGACACCGAUGGAGAAGGCAAUUACACUGGCUUCGAGUUCAAGGAUGUCAAUUCUAAGGUUUACCGUGUGCCUGAGCGAGGACUCAUUACUGACUUUCUCAGCAAAGUCAAGAGCCGGAGGAUCGCGCGAGAUCACGAGGCGCAGCACAGGGCAUACACUGCUGCCCAGCGCAAGGUCUCGAUGCAGAACUUCGUGACUCAUUCCUUUCAACAACAACAGGCAGCACUCAACCUGGCACUUCUUGCUAACAGGGAGCGGGAUAUCGGCCUGAGCGAAGGCAACAUCGACAGUCUCGUCCUCACCCUCACUGCCGAAGCUCCUCAGGAGGUCAUCGCAGCCAUGACCAACUCUGCUCCCCCUCCUAUUGCUGAUGAUGAGCGCGCACAGCUCUUGAAGCUGCAAGAGCUCAUUCAGCGUCGCCUCAACGCCUCUUGA